GGAAUUGUUUUCAGUGUCAGAAAUGUGAAAACACGAAUGGUGACACAUGCUCUGGAGAGCUUGAGACAUGUGAUACAUCUGUCGACUCCUGCUUGACUACAUUAGUUGUUACAAUUCAUGGUAAGUAAUUAAUCCAGCUGUGUAAUUAUCAUGGUAUUACUACAAGAAGGUGUACAGAAAUGUUUUGUCAACCACUACUUACGCUAAAAUUGUAAACUAUGGUGAUACUAAAAGCUAUUUAUUACAGGUACCAACACCACUUCACACAUCACAAAGUCUUGUGUGUCCAACACCGAUUUGUGUUAUGCUAAUUAUAACAUGACAUUUGGAUCUAUGCAACUGUACAGUAUAGCUCAGUGCUGCAAAAGCGAUGGGUGCAACAAAGACAACAUAAAACGUGAGUAUUGAGACCUCUCUCAUAGGAUUGGUAAUAAGUAAGACCCAAUGACUGUGUCAUCUUAAGAGUCACCCAUGAGCAUGUUAAACAUGGAUGGUUUUAGAGAUUUUUUUUUUAAAUGAGACAAGAUCUUCACAGUCAAUAUAAUUGUUACCUCAUCAUUAUCUCUGUUCCUUCCUCAGUGCCUCCCUUUAACCAUACCGAAAAUGGCGUAAGCUGUCUUUCCUGUUUAAAUGUAGGCGGGGAAAAGUGUGUCACUAAAGAAACCAUUAAUUGUACUGGCGCCCAAACUAAAUGUUUCUCCUACACCGGUGGAAUCUAUAUUAAAGGUAGGUGUCCAGUCUUUAUCAAUCUUCAAUCAAAUGUAUUUUAGCCAUCUGAGUGCCACCAUUUGUUAAAGAGUGGAUAGUAUGAUUGAUUGAUGUAUUCUGACAUAUACAUUGUUUUAAUAUUUACAGGCAAGUUUGUUGACACUGAUCUAAAAGGAUGCACCACUGAAGAUGUUUGCACCCACCAUGCCCCGACCUACCCAGCCACUCUGUUAAAAGACGGAUAUAUAUUAACCUGUCCUUAA